CAGAGCAAGCGGUAACGUGCAGUAACGAUGAGUGCAUCUGGAAAGCUGAGCUCCUGGAUGCCACGGGACUCUCCUGAGCUGCUGCUCGGCCUCACACGCCUCCUUACCACUCCCUAGGUGUUGGGAGCCCUUUCCUCCAGGAGAACGUACCGCAGGCACAUCUGCCUUCAGGGGCGCACAGUGCCCUUGUCACCAUGAGCUAUGUCGGAGAUGGGAGUGGUGAGCGGGCCCCCCUACUGUCACCCCGAAGAGCAGUAUACACUCGGGGCAACGGCCCUGCGGCCCGUCAUCUUUGCUGGCUUCCAGACAGCUCCGAUUCAGACGUGGAGGAAGUGACCAUGGAAGACAUCCCCGUCAUCUCCCGACCUCCCCAGACUAAUCUGGCAAACCUACGCAGGGGCUGGUUAGCCUCCCCAGGACCCGGGAUCAGUGAAGAAGAAGAGGUUGAAUCCACGGAUGCCAGAGUUGAAGACAAGACACCCAGCCCAGACCCAGACCCUACCGUGAACUCUGAUGAAGAUCAUGGAGACCUGGCACCCUGCAAGGCGGAAGAAAACACAGCCCAGAAGAAUACAGAAACAGCCUCUGGCAUCGGGGAUGAAGACCCAGAGAAGGGAGAGGCCACAGAGUCUACAGAGACAAACAAUGCCCCAGUGGCAUCCAAGGUUUUGCAAGGCGACGAUGGUGACACCAGCAACCACAAUGCCUGGAACAUGACCUGCCCCCAGCCUCGCACUCCCGGCCCUCGGCUUGGGGAGGACAUGGAAGCAUACGUGUUGCUCCCUGCACCCCGGGACCACAUGGUGCAGUGCCGCAUCGUCCGAAACAAGCACGGCAUGGACAAGGGGAUGUUCCCUUCCUACUACCUCUACCUGGAGGCCGAGGAUGGUGUAGCAGUACGCUCCAGCCCUUUGGGGCAUUUCCUUCUGGCUGGGCGGAAAAGGAAAAGAAGCAAAACUUCAAAUUAUCUCAUUUCCCUGGACCCCAAAGACAUGUCUCGCAACGGGAGCAACUUUGUAGGCAAAGUUAGAUCCAACGUCUUGGGCACGAAAUUCACCAUCUUCGAUAAUGGGGUGAACCCUGAGCGGAGUUAUUGGGUUCCAGACAGUGCCCGGAUCAGAGAGGAGCUGGGAGUCGUCUGUUAUGAGACCAAUGUCUUGGGAUUCAGGGGGCCUCGGAAAAUGACUGUGAUCCUUCCAGGAAUGGACAGCCGGAAGCAGAGGAUGAAAGUCCAGCCACAAAAUGAUCAGGAUUCCAUAUUGAGUCGCGUACAGAAGGGCGCUGGACACGGGCUGCUCCUACUGCAGAACAAGGCCCCAUCGUGGAGCGACGAAAGCGGCGCAUACGUACUCAAUUUUCACGGUCGCGUCACGCGAGCUUCGGUCAAGAACUUCCAGAUAGUGCACCCGGAUGAACCCGACCACCUGGUGCUCCAGUUUGGCCGUGUGGCCCCAAACAUAUUCACGAUGGAUUUCCGAUAUCCUCUUUGCCCGCUCCAAGCCUUCGCCAUCUGCUUAUCCAGUUUCGAUGGGAAACUGGCGUUUUUUUGAUACUCAGUCUGGUCUCCAACAACUAUGUAGCUGAGGCUUGCCUUGAACAUCCGAUCCUCCUGCUUCCACCCCUGAAGUACUGGGAUGACAAAGCCCGCACCUUUGUGCCUGGCCUUGUCUUUUAAUAAUAAAUCUUUUGAUUUUUUUUUUUAGUUAGUGUUCAAAAUAAUGGGCUUCAUUAUAACAUUUUCAUAGAUGUCGUCGUUGUACCUUGCAUAUAUGUAACACCCUUCCUUGUCCUUUCUAGUUUUUUGAGACAGCCACACUAUGUUAUGCUUGUCUUGGAACCCAAGCCAAUCUCCUGCCUCAGCUUCCCAGUGCGGAGAUUACUUGUGGCACCUUCCAUUAGGAAGUCCCUUACACAGGACUGUGUUUUAAGAGGGUCUCACUAUGUAGAUCAAGUUGGUCUUAAACUAAAGUUUGGACACCAUUCAUUUUUAGCCUCCCCGGAAGCUACCAAUAAAGGACACACAAGAGUUUAUCACUAC